CCCGCACCGCCCCCAGCACCGCCCCCGCCGCGGCGGGCAGGAGCGUGCGGGCUGCGGGCUGGCACCGGGCCCGCCCCGCCCAGCACCGGCACCGGCCCGGCCCGGCUCAUGGAGGCUCCGGGAGCGGCCGGCACCGGAGCAGGCAGCCGGUGAGCCCAGGCCAGAGCGGGGCAGCGUGGCCGGUGGCGUGGCUGGUGUGGCGUGACCAUGCAGGCGGAGGCCAGAGGGGAUUUCUGCGGCAGGGACCAGCGCCCUGAGCUCGGCAAGGAGGCACUGGCCCCAGAACGCUCAGCAGGGACCCCCACCCAUGGGCCAGCCCCAGAGCCCCCCGGAACCCCUGCAGAGGAGCAGGGCGGCAUCCCCAUCCCCAGUGCCGGCCUGCUGCAGGUCACCGAGCGCAGACAGCCCCUGAGCAGCGUCUCGUCGCUGGAGGUUCACUUCGACCUACUGGACCUGACUGAGCUGACUGACAUGUCAGACCAGGAGCUGGCCGAGGUCUUCGCCGACUCCGAUGAGGAGAACGUGGCCGGAGAGUCUCCCAGCGGGCUGCAGCCGCCGGCGGUGCCACGGGCCGGGUACCUGCGCUCGCCCUCCUGGACCCGAGCACGGGAGCAGGGACGGGACAAGAAGCACCUCAGCGACCCGGAGCUGCCGCCGGGACCCCCGGACGCCUUCCUGCCCGCCGAGCGGCCCCGAGAGCCCUAAGGGCUGCCCCGGCCCCGGGAGGAGGCGAGGACACGCCGGGGGACAUACAGACACGGUGACACGCCGAUGCCGGCCGCUCCCCGGCAGCGCUGGAGCCCGAACCCGCCACCUUGCCCAGGGGUCCAGGGCGCAGGACCGAUGCGGCAGGACGGGGGUGCAGAGGCACCAGGGACCGGACCCGGGACCAGGCGGACCUCAGCCCCGCGGAGGGCAGCAUGGAGCCAGCCAG